AUGCGACAACUUCUUGGUGACAAUCGUUUCGAAGACAGCCUAUUGCGAAAAAUAUUUUUAAAUCGGCUGCCUAUCAACGCUCAGCUGAUUUUAGCCUCUACUCCCGAAUCAGUGGCUACCCCUGCACCCCCUGUUGCUGCUUUUGCUGCCUCCAACACAACACCACCAAGUGAAGUUGCCGAACUCCGUCAGCAAAUAAGCACCUUAUCUGCACAAGUACAAGAUCUGGCCAACCGUUAUACUUCACAACCUCGUUCUGGUCCACGUGGUCGCAGUCCCACUCCAUCACGCUCUCCAUAUCGUCGAAAUUCAAGCACUGAACGUCACGCAAGUUCUCAAUGUUGGUAUCACUGGCGUUUUGGUUCUGCUGCCCGCAAAUGCAAUCCACCAUGCUCCUUCACAUUCAAGCCUUCUGCAUCUCAGCAGCAGGAAAACUUCCCCGCCAGCGGCUAG